AUGUCAGACCGACAGCAACCGACGUUUAACGAGCUCGUCGCAAAAAUUGUCGAGCUCUCUUUAAGCUUCACACAAUACCUCGGAGAGAAUAAAAUCCCUUUGCCGACAUUUGAGGCCGGUAGUUCCACGCAAUAUGACGGGAUAUCCGCUGAGGGUGCAGAGGUUCACGGCAAAUAUGCAAACUCUUGGGAGUACAUCGAGAAUGAAGGCGAAGGCGACGAAAAGGGCUGGAGGUCGAGAAAUUUCACCACCUUCAUGGCUUACUUGAAGGAUAUUUUCAGAUUGGAGCAGAUUGUCAAUGACUGUUAUAACUGGGAGGAAGCGGGUGACAUCCAUGUUGUAGAUCUGGGUGGUUCUGGUGGCCACGACUCAUUCGUGCUAGCCAGGAAAUAUCCCAAGUUGAGGAUCACAGUUGAAGAUCUUCCCAAGGUCCAGUCAGCUUUCGAGGCCAACGUCCCGGCUGACCUCGAAUCUCGAGUCACAUUCCUGGCCCACGACUUCUUCCAACUACAACCCGUCGAAGCCGAUCUCUACAUGAUCAAGUUAAUUUUACACGACUGGCCGGACAAAGAAUGUAUUCAAAUUCUGCAAGCGCUUCGGCCGUCUCUGAGACCCGGUGCCAAGAUCCUCUUCAUCGACUACGUUGGCAAGCAAGAUACGGUUAGCAAGGAGACGCAGACUGACAAUACACCGAACAGGACUUCUUCCAACGGUAUUUCCAAUCGGUCGAGUGAGAACACCAAUUUGCAAGACCCACCCCUGCCGCGAUCUAUACAGCAAAUAGGAACAUCGACAGAUCUUCGAAUGAUGGCCCUGUUCAGCACAAAGGAGCGGCCGCGCACCGCUUGGAAGGACAUAUUCCGCGCAGCUGACGAUCGCUUCGACAUUGCUCGGUUCGAAGCAAAUCCUCUCUCGUUCUUUGUUGUUAUCGAAGUAGUUUGGCGGGGCUAG